UUAUAUUAAAAAUCUUUCUGAAAACGAUCGAACUAUUUUAAUUGUUAGUGGAAGAUUUGGUCGAAUUAUUGUACCUCAAAUUGUUCAUCUACGACAGAUCACGUCAAUCUAUGUUUAUUGUUUUGAUAAAAAAGCUAAUGAACUAUGGUCACAGCAAUUUCCCAAAGUUAAAGGUGUAUUAGUUCGAUUGAAUGAACUUACUGAACAAAUUGAAAAAGAUUAUAUUCAACAACAACAUGAUAAAAUUGAUGAACCAUUAUCAAUAAAAAUUUUUGAUGAAAAACAAAUAUCUACUGAUUUAUAUGAACAAUUUGUUCAUGAUCAAUUAUUAAUAGAUUGUCUUAUACGAAUGAACUCAUCAUCGAAUGAUAAAGAAGAACUUAUUGCUUUAUGUCAACAAUAUUAUAAAAAG